AUGGACAGCACGUCCAUGAAUCCUUACGAAGAGCAGCUGUACACAGUGUUCAAAACCUUCGACGUAGAUAACGAAGAAGCCCUAAAUAAAUCCGCUGUUCUCGAUCUGUGUGACGCGUUACAGCUAGAGGACCGUGGCGCCACUCUCGUGGACAAUCUGUUCGAGCGACGCUCUGACCGUGUCACGUUCACGCAGUUCCGGAACGGGCUGCUCUCUGUCCUCAGCGGCGCCGAGCGUUCUCCGGCCUCAGCCCCGGCCACAGCUCCCGUCGCUACCCCCGCGACUCUGGUGCCGCCAAUUGGAGCGGCACACAGCGACGAAGAUUCCUCAGGCCGCGAAGUUGCUCCUAAGUUCGUUUUCGGAUCCAAGAAAUACGGACGUCGUUCGAGACCACAACGUUCUUCCACUUCCGGGAGUUCGCCUCGAGCCGCGUCUGUGUCACGUCUCGAUAGCGAAGACAGAAAUCGAUCGUCGCAACGCAUGCGGUGCAGACGGAGUGCCUCCGCGAUGGAGAGUCGCGAUCUCGACACCCGGACCGACGAAGACGACGUCGUCUCGGAUACCUUCGACCACGACCGGCGGAUCGACUGCGAUCAAGCGCUCGCCCUCUGUCGCAAUCUACAGAUGGAAGGAAUCGACCGGAACCUCUUGGAGUCCAUAUUCGUCGACUCCCGGGCCGAAGAGAUCACCGUCGGAGAUUUCUUCGAUCGCUUGAACGUCUCGCUCACGUCCUCGAUCGAAGGUUCUCGGAACACCAGCACCGCCGAAGUGAUAGUGGACGACGGCUCCGACGAGGACGCCGUCGUAGCCGCCGAACUCGUGGUCGACGCGUGGGAGCGCGCCGGAGUGCCGCGGCCGCGGCGCCUCCUCGUCGAGCUCGGAUUCAUCGCCGCCGCAGUGCGGCCGCUGGACCUCGAGCGGGUGCUCGACGACGAACUCGCGGCGUUUCCCGAGCCGGUCGGAGAGAGGCGCGACGGCCGCUCGACCCUCCUCGCGGCGGCGCUCGCCCUCGGUCGCCUGCGGACGGCGCGGGCCCGACGCUGCGCCGACCUCGCCGCCGCGGAGCGUGACAAACUGCGCGCCGACGUCGCCGAGGCGAAUAAACGCGCCCGCCUCCUCGCGCAAGACGUCGACGAGAGCCACGCCCGAAUGGAGGCCGAGCUCGCGGCGAACCUCCGCCGGAUGGAGGCGCGCCACGCCGAAGCGACGCGACGGGCGACCGAGGAAACGGCGGCGGAACGCGACAGAGCGGCGGCGCUGCGCACGCGGCUCGAGGCCGACUUGGCCCGACGUACGGAAGCCGAGACCCGAGUCCGAAUCGAGUUGGAUGCGGAAAAGGCGCGGGGCACACAGCUCGAGGCGCGCGUGCUCGCAGCGGAGGAACGCGCGACGACAGCGGAGCGCGAGGCGGCGAGGCUGGCGGAGGAAGCGCGGCGGGCACGAGAGAUCGAAAGCGGCGGUGCGGCGGGCGCGGAGGAGGGGCCGGCGUGGGCGCUGGCGGCGCGCGUGGAGCAGCUGCGGCGGGAGGCGGCGGCGCUGCGGGACCGCAACGACGAGCUGUGCGCGCUGCUGGAGGCGCGGCCCGCGCCUGUGGCGGGCGCCACGGCCGCCGCCAACGCCGCCGACGCCGCCGGUGACCUCUCUGCAGAGUUGCGAUCGUUCAUGGCCCCUGAACCACUCGAGGAAUGCGAUUCCUCGCCGUCCAGCAUGGAUCAGAAAAUCAUAAUAGAUCAUCGCGAGGUGAUCAAACGGUUGCGAGACAUCUUCGAAGCCUUCCGCGCCCCGUCUCCAGCGAGCAAUGACACGUGCGAGUCCUGCGUCGCUGUAGAGAAGCUCAUAUCGGAAACCAGGGCGCGCGUGCAAGAACUGAUCGACGCCGUCGCGCUGCCGGCGGCGGCGGCGGUAUCGGCGGCGCCCGCGAGUCACGCCGCCGCGCAGACCGAUCCCGACGACGAUCCGCUCCGACAGGAACUCGCCUCUGUUCUGACUAAACACGCGGAAGAGAAACAGAAGUGCGACGACUUAAUCAAGUGAGUGUUUCAAUCGCAUAUCAGUCCUGCUGUUCUGUAAAAUCCAAACCCGAAUUCGAAUUCACUCAGGUGCUCGAAUACACUUCAAAAAGCGGGAUCGGGUCAUGAGUAAAGUGAGUUUAGAAAUGACAGCAAUUGACUAUUUGAGACACGUAUAUUCAAUGACAGUAAAAUAGAAUUUCUACACUAAAUGACGUGAAUUCGAACACUUGAGGGAAUUCGAAUUUGAGUCUGGAUUCUGGAGCACAAAAUUGCAUUAAGCGUUUCUUUGGACUUAAACUUAGCUAUGUUCCGAAUUGAAGGCCACAAGUGUACCCCUGAAAUGCUUGCACCUUCAAGGGGAACAUGA